CAGAUCAAUGGUAGAUGCAUUGACUGCAGGAGCCCAAAGGAAGCUCGUGACGCCUCCUCGCAUAAGGACACUUUUGUUCCUCUCUCCCUGUACAUGACAUGAGAGUGAAACCAUGAAAAGGAGCACAUCAAUGGCGAAGGGGAAUCCAGAGCAACUUGGCGGUGAAACGGGCAUGCAGUCAAAGCCUGCGGUAGAGGAGGUCGCCAUUCAACCUCACCUACAGCGAGAAUGUACGUGAAAUCUAGCGUGUGGUUCAUAUGAUUCACCUGAUCCUUUCCAUUCUUUUGUCACGAGAGCUGCAGCUCUCUAAUGGCGUCGACGUGGGGAGCAUGUGACCAGAGUGCAAGAAGACGAUGGACCAUCAUAAGCUUCGGCAAUGGAGGUGUGCACAGUUCAUGUCGAGCAGAGAGAGAGAGAGAGAGACGUCGAUGCAUCUUCUUCUUGGUAACUGUUGAAAGGUCUUCCUCGUGCUAAUGGUAUUAUCACGAGGCAAGCUUGCAGGAGGGACGACAAAAUUGUAACUGUGGAGUUACGCCAGGAAGCAAGCUGGAUUUGGAGUCUUUUGUCCUCUCGUCGUCUUUCUCUCUCGAUCCUCCUCAUCCUCAUCUGCAUCUUCUCCCAUUAAUCCCAUAUUAGUGCCGGGGUCUUUCCGUAUCGGGAUUGCCUCCCAUGCAUUCCUCUGCUUUGGAAGACAACCCUGCACCCUUCUCUCGCUUGCUUUCCCUCUACUGCUCUCUUCCGUUCUCACGGCUUUGCCGAGCUAGAUUUCUCUCUCUCCCUUCAGCUUUAAGACGACAAAGAGAUGAGAAGAGAAGCCACCAACCUCGAAGCUCAAGGGGAAAUAGUUCUUCUUCUUCGUCUCGCCUCACCUUCCUUUCGAGUGAAGGGAAACUUGAUUGAAAGAAAAAAAUCCUGAGGAUUGAUUCCUUUAGGAGCUACUCUUUGCUUCUCACAUUUGCUUUGGUUCUUCGAUUCUUCGCUCGCAUCUUUUCUUCCCAGUUUUACUACGUCGGCUUCUUUAAGGACCCCCCCCUGUGGGCUGGAAAGCCCUUCACUUGGUCACCGAAGCAUCAUCAAGAUUAGGCCAUCAAAACUGGAAGGGAAAUGUGGCCUGUUAAUUCUCUAAAUGCUGAAUUAUGGGAGAAGACACCAGUCUUUGGCCUGAGAGUUUGGGUUGUGAUUGGCAUCUCCGUUGGUGUAUUAAUUGUGUUCAUCCUCUCCAUCCUGUCCGUAUGGGUCACAUCUCGCCAGAAGACAUCAAGGAGCUUCGACGAACUCCCGGUAUCUCAAAUCCCCAGUGUCUCCAAGGAAAUUACAGUAGACAGAGUUGGACCACAGAGUGUUGCUCAGACUCCUCAUGAGCAUCGGACGCAUUGCUUCUCCUCCUAUGACUCCGACAAGACGAUGAUGUCUAGUGAUGCUGACAACAUGAGCCAAUGCAGCUCAAUUCACCACAAUGACAGGGACGCAAGUCCAUAUUCUGGUGACGAAGGUAGCUCAGGACAUGCUAGAAGACCACAUUCACCAUACAGCCUUGUUUCUGCGUCUCCUUUGAUCGGUUUGCCGGAGUUCUCACAUCUGGGAUGGGGUCACUGGUUUACUCUACGGGAUCUGGAGAAUGCGACGGAUCGUUUCUCCAAGGAGAACGUGACUGGGGAGGGUGGAUAUGGAGUCGUUUAUCGAGGUCGUCUUGUUAAUGGCACUGAAGUUGCAGUCAAGAGGCUUCUGAACAAUCUGGGACAAGCAGAGAAGGAAUUCAGAGCGGAAGCGGAAGCUAUUGGCCAUGUCCGGCACAAGAAUCUGGUCAGGCUUUUGGGUUACUGCAUCGAAGGAACUCACAGGAUGCUUGUAUACGAGUAUGUCACCAAUGGAAACUUAGAGCAAUGGCUUCAUGGAGCUUUGCAACAACACGGUGUUCUUAGUUGGGAGAACCGCAUGAAGGUUGUCGUCGGCACUGCAAAGGGACUCGCUUAUUUGCAUGAAGCCGUCGAACCGAAGGUUGUGCACCGCGAUAUAAAAUCAAGUAACAUCUUGAUCGAUGCAGAAUAUGAUGCAAAGAUCUCUGACUUCGGAUUGGCUAAGCUCUUGGGUUCAGGCAAAAGCCACCUUACUACCAGAGUGAUGGGAACAUUUGGGUGCAUUGACGUCUUCUUCUUCUCUGUGCCUUACUUAGAUCCAAAGAACAAUCCAUACUUAAAAUUCUCUUCUCACUUCAGGUAUGUGGCUCCUGAAUACGCUAAUACUGGACUGGUGAACGAGAAGAGCGAUGUUUACAGUUUCGGAGUGCUGUUACUGGAAACUGUGAGUGGCAGGGAACCCAUAGAUCAUGGCAGGCCAGCAAACGAGGUGAAUCUUGUGGAGUGGCUUAAACAGAUGGUCGGGAAUAGGAGAACAGAGGAGGUGGUGGAUCCAAAUCUCGAGGCUAAACCCUCGACACGGGCGCUUAAGCGUGCACUGUUAGUCGCUCUGAGAUGUGUCGAUCCUGACUCUAGCAAGAGACCCAACAUGGGUCAGGUUGUUCGAAUGCUAGAAGCAGAUGAAGAUCGGCAAAGCCGACGGAGCCAUUCAAGAAACAUGGAGAUUGAAUCUUUGAAGAAGAGCAACAGUUUGAGUGACUAAGCAUCGAGAAGAAGAGACGAUUCAGAAGAUCCAUUAUAUAUGUAUAUUUUGCUGAGGAGAAAACAGAGAAGGAACAUGUAAUGUAAGUUUUGGACUCAUCAGGCAUGAGAGAACUCGGUCACUCUUCAGAUGUAUUCGUAGACGCAGUU